AUGUUAUCUAUUACUUUUUUUUCUACAGGACCUAAUUAUUUUAAUAUAGAACAACGUUUAUUACAAAAAUUAUUAUAUUUUAAUAUUGUUAAAUAUAUUAAAGAACUUAUGUUAUUAGGAUUUGAAUAUUCAUUUUAUUUUCCUUUAAUUUUAACAUUAGAAAGCACUAAAGGUUAUUUUUUUACAUCUCCAUUAUUACGAUUUAAUGAGCUUUUAAAAUUAAAUUUUAAUAUUAAAGAAUUUAAUAUACUUUAUUCUAUACAAAAAUAUAAUAAUUCAUAUAUACAAUUUUUAAAUUUAUUUAAUACAUUUAAUAAGAUAAAUACAUUUUCAAAUGCUUUACAUAUUAUGGCAAAUACAGGAGCUAAAGCAAAUUGAAAUCAAAUUUGUCAAUUGAUUGGUGUACGAGGUUAUUUAGCAAAUGCUACAGGAGAAUUUUUUAAAAUACCGGUUUUAAGUAGUUUUAAUAAAGGGUUAAAUUUUUUCGAAUAUUUUAUAUCUUGUUACGGUGGAAGAAAAGGAAUAUUAGAUACUGCUUUAAAAACUGCAGAUGCAGGUUAUUUAACUCGUAGAUUAGUAGAAUCUAUUCAAGAAUUAAAUAUUAAAGAAUAUAAUUGUGGAUCUAAUAACUCAUUUGAAUAUUUUCCACAAAUUAAUAUAAAAGGUAAUUUAAUAUUACCUUUUUUUUUAUUACUUUAUGGAAAAAUAUUACAAAAAAAUUUAAUAGAUUUUAAUACAAAAAAAAUUAUAGAAUUUAAACAUAAUUAUAUUUCAAAUAAUUUAAUAAAUAUUUUAUAUUAUAAUAAAUUUAAUUUUUUAUUUAAAAUUAAUACUUUUUCUAUAAAAACUUGUAUUGCAGGAAGAACUAUUUGUUCUAUUUGUUUUGGAAGUACAACUUUUAAACAUAAUAAUUUAGGUAAAAAUGUAGGUAUUUUAUCUGGGCAGGUUAUAGGAGAACCAGGAACUCAAUUAACUUUAAGAACUUUUCAUACAGGUGGAACUUUUACUUUAAAUUUAAAUAAAAUUAAAAAUAAAGAUAAUUUUAUUUUUAAUUAUAAAUAUUUUUUUAAUAUAAAUAAAUAUAAAUUAUGUGUUAAAUACCAUAAAAUAAAAAGAUUAAAAAAUAAUAAUAAAAUUUUAUAUUUUAUUUAUCUUAAAAAUAAUUAUUUUAUUUUUAAAUCAUUUUAUAUAUUAUUUAUUUUAAAAAAAUAUAAAUUUAAUCAAAUAUUAUCUAUUAAUAAUAGAUUAAUAUAUUCUAAAAAUAAUAUAUAUUUAAGUAAUUUAUUAUUAAUAUAUUUAAAUAUAAAUAAUAUUUAUCAACGUAAAUCUUUAAUAAAUAUUAAUCAUGAACAAAAUUAUACUGGAGAAUUUUUAUAUAAAAAUAUAUUACAAUUAAUUAUAAAAAAUAAAUAUUAUAAAUGAAUAAUUAUAAAUCUAAAUACUACUAUAUUAUUUAAUAAAUAUUUUCCGAUAAAUUAUAAUAUAAUUAAAGAAAAAAUUAUUUUUAUAAAAUCAAAAAAUCAAAGAUAUAUUAAAUUAUAUUUAAUUAAAAAUAAAAAUUUUUUAUACUCAUAUAGAAAAUAUAUUAAUAAAUUAUAUCAUUUAAAAAAAAUAUUUAUUUUAAAUAUAUUUUUUUCAAUAAAUUAUUUAUUAUUAAUUGAAAAAUAUUUAAUAUUAAAAAAUACAUAUAUAUUAAAUUAUAAUAUUAAAUAUAUAUUUAAUAUAUAUAAUACUAUUAAUUUAAUAAAAUGUAAAAAAAAAAUUAUAAUUUAA